AGCUGCAGCACUACGAGUCGGGGGCAACCUCCGAGGUACCUGAUUAGGGUUCCUGGAAAGUACAGUCACAAAAGCACCGAAGCUAGAUAUGGAAGAUUGGCGAGAUGACAUAUCUGCUACUUUAUACUACAGUCACACCCUGACCCUGGCAGGUCAUGGAACAACUUGGUUUAGAUGUGAGAUCACGUGGGGCGGACAGAAGGUUCGAGGAGAGAACUACAAAAACUUGCAAAACUGUUAUGGAGCCACAUGGUCCCUCUUUCCUUAUCAAAAAGGUGUGCAGAUUACACCAUGCACAGACAGCUUCGUGGAGGUACCUGCCGAGGAGAGCCUUACCUUAAGCUGUUCACCACAGACUCAAUCCAUGGAAUGGAGACUUUCUUUGGGGGGCUCUUCGUAUCUGUCAGCGAAGUUUGAAAAUGGUCAGUAUGUGCAAAAAAACCUCCCUUUUGAUGUAAACAGCGACCCGGGGAAAAUAUCUCUGACAAUCAACACCAGCAACACCAGGAACAUCACCCUGGUCAACGGUACUGUAGUGUGCCAAGAUCUCAGUCAGUCACCACCGAGUUCUUCAAACUGUGGACUUAACUAUGUUUAUAAGCCGAAGCCAAACGACAUCUCGUGCCAAGCUACGGCGGAUGCUAACGGUGAUAAGUUGUACUGUACCAUCAACAACAUCUACUCUUCUCGCGGAAUUUACACGUGUCAAGCUUUACGGCGAGAAGAACAAAACUCUGAGGUAGAACGGUUAAACACGGUCAACAUGGCGACUUUGAAUGAUGGGGGAGGACUAAAAGUGUCCGGUAGAUGUAACAUCACAACGGAUCUCCCAGUAAAUGCGGGCAACUACUCUUACAGUGUUAAAAUCUCACCAGGUGGGCUAGAGGCACAGGCAAAUCUUCCUGAUGGUGAAAGAUGGAUAGAACAUUUUGGUAUAACCACAACUGUUGGCAGUCAAGCUGCCAUCUACAAUGUGCCCACUGUUUGGCUUCUGGCUGCUUUGGUAUUGCUGCAGUCCUGCAAAAAAUAAUCUUACCGAGCACACCGCCAAACACGUGCCCUCUACUGGAAUAAAACCUCGCUGACAAACCAGUACAAAUCUUUCUCUACAAUCACACCAUGGAGCCACCUGACUCUUCAAAUGGCCAUCAUAACAGGAAGAACACAGUAAUGCUGACUAAAGACUUUGUUGUGUGUAGAGUAAAUGACAAAAGUCAAAACAAAUAAGAUAAACUGAUUGUUAGUCAUGGAUCCCACACAGAAUGAAUUAAAAUGUUUGCAUCUUAAUUAAGAUGUAAAAACAGUAACAAAGGUGACAAUAAAAUUUAAUUCUUUGAAAUCAAGUUCUAAACAAUAAUACUCAUCUUUAAGAUACCCGUGCUUACCCGUGUUCAUAGUACAAGAUAUCACUAUUGAAUGUUUUUGGAUAUUGUAAUUAAAACACAUCAACAUAACGAAAUAAAAAUAUGAAGCUGCUGUAA